GGUCUAACAGCUACUUUUACAUCUACAUGUGUGUCAAUGGUACAAAUGGGGGACGAAGAAGAAACUGAACAGAAAAAUAUAAUUCUCUCCGCUCUUGUUCCACCUCCCGAGCGAAAAAUCUCGCGUAUUUCUUUGAGAAAAAUAUCUGCUGCUGGCGAAGAAGAAUAUGUUGAUGUGCCUCUCGAUCCGUUUCCUGCCCUUCCCAUCAACAUUCGCGUUCCAUCGAUGCGAAAGAAAUCGAUCGUCGAUGAGACCACACAAAGCACAACGAACAUUCUGAAGAACUAUGUAAAACACGAAGAGGAAGACCGUCUAAAGCAAUGGGAAAGACUAGAAGUGCUUCCGGAUACCGAUGCUACUGCUGCUCUGGCUCAACUCGUACUGGAUCAUAAAGAGUCGAUCAAGGAAGACGAUAGAGGGAAUAAAAAGGUAUUCGUACCAAUAAAACGAAACCUGAAAAGAACAACAUCGCUAGACUGGUCUGAGAAACUGUUCAAACUGGUCACGAAACCAAAGCUCCGGUACAUAUCACAAAUGAACUGUGAGCAAAUCUCUCUCAAUUUGAGAGAUAUGAAUGCAGCUAAAGAGAACUUACGAACAGUUUCUGCAGCACUCGAAAAGAAGAAUUUUGCAACAAUUUUGAAAGACUUGACGAAAGGAUCGAUAAAUAACGAGAAAAAGCCCUCGCCACCCAUGGUAUCCGUGGAGCCUCCCGUGGAGGCGGUUGUGGUCAAACCUCUCGGUGCUCCUCCGUCGGAGCCCACGACUGCUAAGACAACUCUACAGAUUCCACAGGAGUCGUCAAGAAAGCUUACUCCUAUGCCUAAAGAUGUUUCACCCUUGCAUCCUGUUAUAAAGUGGAUCGACGGUCAUCAUCAUCAUCAUUACCAGCAGCAACAUUCCAUACCACCAACAAAGCUGGUGACGGUUCUUCCUUCGGAGAUUAACUUAACCGAUCAGGCUUCUUCCCGACUAUGCCCAAAAGUUCAAGGCCUAUCGGCUUCGCUAAACGAACAAUCAACCGCACUGCGAACUACUUUGUACAGAUGUUGA